UGCCCUGCUCCAUCAUCACAGGCUGAUCAAGUGAACAAAUCAUGAAUCAUCACCACUGAGGGCCUGGAGUCGAAGCUCAGACUGUCUACAGCUGGUUUACUUCAGUGAAUUGUCCGCCCUGUUUGUCUCCGCUGGUUCACUCUGCACAGCCUGGUGACCUGGGUGAAAUAUUUCAGCUGUUUUAACGUCGCUGAACCGGUGGCCUAAUUUAAUAUUAGCAGUCUGUGCGGCGUUAGCUACGGGCUCAGUGAAACUUGUAAACACUUUUGUGAAAGAUGGCUGACAACGGAGCACACCCGACUGAAGAAGACCCAGCUGCAGCUUUCCUGGCCCAACAGGAGAGUGAGAUAGCGGGGAUAGAGAACGACGGAGACGGCUUUGGGACUCUGGAGGGAGCGGACGAGCAGCAGCCUGCCGAGCAGCAGCAGACCAACUACGACGCUUUCGAGGAGGAGCCUGCCACAGUGAACGGGGACAUGUUUCAGGAGUCCAAUGGCCCAACAGACAGCUAUGCCGCUAUCGCCCAGGUGGACAUUCAGAGGCAAGAGCCGGAGAGUUUACGCAAGUGGAGGGAGGAGCAGAAGACACGCCUUGAGGCAUUAGACUCAGCAUCCAAGGCAGCAGAGGCAGAGUGGAAAGAGAAAGCCAAAAAGGAGCUGGAGGACUGGCAUGUACACCAGAACGAGCAGAUGGAGAAGAACAAGGCCAACAACAGAGCAUCAGAGGAGGCGUUCUUGGCAGAAAGUGAUGGUGACAGUCCAGGAUCAGCAUGGGAGAGAGUAGCCCGUCUGUGUGACUUCAAUCCGAAAACCAACAAACAGGCAAAGGAUGUGUCUCGAAUGCGCUCUGUCCUCAUCUCUCUCAAACAGACACCUCUAGUCCGCUAGAGGUGGUCAUAGGGUGAAUUUUUGUUCUAGAAACAUUGCCUUUUCGGUUUUAACCUCACGUUUGCAUCAGAAGAGUUUGUACGCCCCUUUUCCAUAAAAUUCCUGGUAUGUUUUAUAACCUUUGAAAACUUCCCGCCUUUCUUGAUGCCUCUUGAAAUAAUAUACUUAACCUCACUCUUGUGAGAAGAUGGACAGCUCUAUUGUUACAACUUUCUGUAGCCAGUCAGUUUUCCCACUGCUAUAUUGAGAAAAUAUUGUUACUGUAAGUUCACCAUUUUUCUUCCCCGUUUAAAUUAUGAAUUAUUAGGUCAACUUUCUUGCAUGCCUCUGCAAAAUAUUUUGGAUGCACAAUUUUUAGUUGUUUUAUAAAUAUGCAUAUUUGGUCAAUGUCAGCCACUUGCUUAUUGAGCACUAUUACAGAUUAGAUUGUAACCACUUAUGCCUCUCAACAAUGUAGAACCAUAUACACAAACACUUUGACGCUUGUUGUAUUUAUAUCCCUUAUUACCUAUUUAAGAUAGCUAACAUAUUUUUUCUCUUUCAAAUACAUGAAGCUUGUGGCCUUUAUGAUCUUGCUCUUACUCCAGAUUGAGUAUUUAGCCAGAUGGAUUUCCUUCCCAAUUAGGCAAAAUUUCAGCAAAAAGUAUUCACAACCAAAGAGUUCUGCUAUCAUCUAAAUUUUCCAAAUUUGCGUGAUUAACGGUUUGUGCGAUUUCUCAUUUCACUGAUUGUGUUAGUACAUUUUAUGCAGCAUUCUUGUGUUACACUGACAUGUUAUUAGAUUUUUUUUAAAACAGCAAAACAAGGUGUCAAUUUCCACAAUAAUGUCUCCACAUUGUUUCACGUGUUGCCUAUUUGGACAUUAUGAAAACUGAAAAAUAAAAAAAAUGAAUGUUAAAAAGGGAACUGGAAAAUAAAGACAAUGGAGUAUGAUCA